AUGUUGUUCAUAACAAUUUCAUUCCUGUUGUCAUUAGUGAGGUUUAGUCAAAGUUAUACUUAUGAUUUGGGUACAGCUCAUGUGUCACCAGGGUUGACUGCUAAAAUAUACGCCCUUUCUCGAGAUCCACCAACAGGUGAUCCGGUAUCCUCUGAAAACUAUGCUCUAUACAGUAAAGAUUCUCUUUAUUUAAGAUAUGAAACAUUUUUAACUGACCCUAAUGUAACUUAUUUGACAACAGUGAAUGGUGUUACAGAUUUUAGCAUAUCUUUCAAAGAUAACACUAAUAUAACUGUCUAUGGGGAAAAGAUCGACGCAACACAAUUCAUCGUUGAAGCAAGAGGAUAUUUUAUCCCUCCAGUGAAUGGUACCUACUAUUUUUAUAACGUCGCAUAUGCCACUUUUGAUUCUGACAAUACGUAUAUUCCUGAAUAUUAUUCUUCAGGGAUCAGUUUAAUAGGAAAGACUUAUAUUACUACAGAUGAUGCAGGCGAUGCGACUUGUAAUCAAUUCGAUUAUACUAUCGCGCCAACAAAUACCUAUUCAGCUGCACUUAUAACUGAGGGUACUAGUGCUGGCGCGUUUAACAUGGGUUCAUUAAUUGCAGGUCGUGCAUAUCCAAUAACGAUUACCUCAAUGAGUCUUCAAAAAGCUCUAGAUUUAUCUAUUUGGUUUGAAGUUGGGGAUCAAACUAUUGCGUUAGAUGCAUCCAAUUUUGUUACCAUGGAUUAUGAUGGUUUAGACUGGUCAGAUAUUAACGCGGUUGAAUAUCCAGAAAACUGUCCAGCAUUAGCAACUACAACUACGUAUGAACGGUCUGUUGUUUAUUCAACGACUACAAUGUCCACAUACGUAACGACAAUAACAGGUACAAAUGGUAUUAAAACAACAGAAACUGUAUAUGUUGUCGUUUUACCAAUCCCAGGGGUUACUCCAACUAAAUCAUCUACUAGUUCUUUUGUAAGUUCUUCAUCUGUCGUUUUGACAAGUUCAAUAGUCAUAUCAUCUUCUACUUUUAGUAGUUCGAUCCUGGAAUCAUCUUCUACUAUUAGUAGUUCGAUCCCGGAAUCAUCUUCUACUAUUAGUAGUUCGAUCCUAUCAUCAUCUUCAACAAUUAUCAGCAGUUCGAUCCCAGAAUCGUCUUCUACUAUUAGUAGUUCGAUCCUAUCAUCAUCUUCAAUAAUUAUCAGCAGUUCGAUCCCGGAAUCGUCUUCUACUAUUAGUAGUUCGAUCGCAGAAUCAUCUGGAACUACUAAAAGCGCCAUUAAAUCAUCUGCUCGUGGAAGUAACUCAAAUGAAGUAGCGUUAUCUACUAAUGUUCCAACUGGAAAGGCAUCACUUUUCACCAGUAAUGCUGUAGAAAAUUCAUCAUCUGAUGUUAUUAACUCCAUUGAGUCACAAUCAUCUUUUAAUACUAAGUCGGUAAAAUCAACCAAGAGUAUGGAUUCAGUGGAAAUAUCUUCCGGUAGUGUUGUUCUAGUUGAAACGUCAACUGGUGAUGUUAAUCCAAUCAAAAGGUCAUCUUCCAUUAUCAGUGCUCCUGUAAAAGGGGUAUCUUCUGAUAUAAGUCGUGAGACCAAAGUUGUAUCAUCUGUCAACGGUAAUUCCGACAAAAACCCGACAUCCCAAAACACUGACACUGCAAAGAUAUCAUCGAGUAUUGCACCAUUGACAAAAGAGUCAUCUUUGGCCAACGGCAAUUUGGGAAAAAAUUCUUUAUCAACUACAACUAGACCCGCUAUAUAUUUAUCAUCUGCUAAUUUUGAUGCUACUUCAACAUCUGGUCAUAAUAGACCUGACUUAUCUAACACUGAUUCAAUUUCAACUUUGUCGCAAGUUGGGGAAGGUUACAAAUCACACAUAAAUGAUAUCACCGUUAAUCCUUCAAGCAGGGAAUCUACUUAUUUAAGUUCUACAUCUGGUCUUCAUGAAAAACCUACUGAUCGUAUAUCUCGCGCAGCUAUGAUAGUUAAUUCAAAUUCACAGGAUAUCACUGGUACUUCUACCAAGAUGUCCAGGAAAACUGGUUAUUUUACCCCAACAACGACGACAGGUAUUGUAUCAUCCAUUGCAACAAAACAUAUGUCGGAACGAAAAGAACCUAACGACCAAUCAACAUCGAGUACUCAAAAAAACGCCAUAUCUGCAUCAUUUAUGACAAAUUCCGAUACGUCUAGAAAUACAGUACUUGAUAGCGAGACAGCAUAUAAUGGUGAUUUCAAAUCCGAUAGUCUUACAGCAUCUCAAUUUGUAACAGAUAAUGACCCGGGACACAAUACUAAAUCAUUAAUAAGCAGCAGUGGGAAUGUACAAUAUAGCAAUAUUGUACAACUUGAUUCAAGUGAUUUGCAAAGCACAAGUGCUGGUGUUUCCGAUUUUGCUGGAUCAAGUAACUCAUUAUCAAUCGGUUUAUUGGGUAUGCUGUCAUUGAUUGUUCAGGUUUUAAUAUAA